CUGUUCGUGUGCAACUCAUUGUUGUUUUUGUCUAAUAAAAUAUAACUGAGUUGAAAACGGAACCGUCGUUAACAAAAUGAAAUUCCACGUAUUUUUCUUUGUAUUUGCUGCACUUGUCGCUGUCACCAGCAUUAACGCGGCCAAAAUUGCUGUUGAAGAGGGCAUCGAGUGUCCCAGGAAUCAAUCGGAUACUGCGUUUGUGGUGCAAAUACCAUCGCCUAGCAACUGUGGCAUCUUCUAUAAGUGCGAUCGUGGGCGUCCAAAAGUGAAUAAGUGCCCAGAGGGCUUGCAUUAUAGCACACGCUUGAUGGCUUGUGACUACCCAUCGCGUGCCAAGUGUUCUCCAAUAUUUGCAAAAUAA